AUGUUAAAUAUACAGGCUUCAUUCAAAAAAUUCGGCGCCAUCGAAUAUUCUGGUUUCCUUUCAGAUUCCGGCAUUGUUUUCUUUACCGAGUUGGUGAGAACGCAUUGCCGUCAGUUGAAAGUCAGCCACCAUGCAAGCAACAUGGAAUCCACCAAAAUCGAGACCAGAACAAACAUAAAGUUCAUGGUGAAACUUGUGGAUGAAACAUGGCUCUACUACUGCCAUCCCGAGGACAAUAUUCAAUCAAAGCUGCCCCGGGGUAGAAGUAGACCAGUCAAAUCAAAAUCUGAAUGUUCAAGAGGAAAGGUCAUGGUCACUGUCUUCUGGAAUGCAGAGGGGAUUUUGCUAGUUGACUUCCUCGAGAACAAGAAGACUAUUACAGCUGCUCAUUAUGAAGGCGUUUUGAGAAAACUGUCCCAAAAAAAUUAUCGGAAAAACGCCCUAGAAAGCUGCAUCAACGCGUCCUCUUCCACCAUGACAGUGCACUCGCUCAUCGUGCUUGGCAAACGUGAGUUGUGCUCCGUGAGUCGAUGGGAAAUCCUCCGACAUCCUCCUUACACCUGA